UUUAUAAUUCCAACAUGGCCGAUAGUUUGGAACCAGCACCACCUGGUUUGGAACACUUCAUCUUUUGACGAUUGACCGAUUUAAUAGUGCCAAGAAAAUGGAUAGGAAAGAUAAGUAUAAGACAUCAGGCCAUAAUGUAACGGCUCAGAGAAGUAAACGACGCGAUCAAGAGGCAGUAAUUCGCAAAGAGAAGCGCGAUAAAUUGCUGAGCUCGAAACGAAUUCGCUUCUCCGAAAUCGAGAAUGAUUGCGAAAUUGAAGACUACACCGUUGAACAAGUUCAAGAGUUAGCCAGAACUAUUCAGAAAUCUGACAAAAAUAUUCUUAACAGCCUUAAAAGCCUACGAAAGGCGUUUACACAAGGCAGUGAACUCAUCAGCGCCUUUCUAGCGGUGGACAACAGCUUGAGAGCUUUGGUAGGACACUUGACGGGCAACAACGCUCAGCUUCAACUGGAAGCGGCUUGGUGCAUCACUAAUUUAGCUACAGGAGUUCACGACGAUACAAUGAAAGUAUUGAAAGCCUCUGCCGCAUAUCUCAUCACCUAUCUUAGUGGACAGAAUGUGCAACUUCAAGAUCAAUGUGCCUGGGCGCUAGGUAACUUCUCUGGCGAUUCUCAGGAGUGUAGAGAGAUUUUGCGGGCUCAGGGGAUUAUUGUUCCGAUGGUCAAACUUUUGAAGUCCCCAAUAUCUACAGUUGUACAAUCAGCAGCAUUUGCCUUAUCCAAUCUUGCCAGAGGAGAGCAAAUCGUAGCUGAAGAGUUGCUACAAGCAGGCAUAGCUCCUAUUCUCAUCAAUUUGCUAACUCCAGGAAACAGCUCCAUAGAUGUUGCUGUAGAAGUUGCCUGGGUACUAUCAUACUUGACGUCAAAACCCAGCUGCGUACCGGUGUUUGUUUCAGGCGGGAUUGUUGAUAUUCUUGUUCAUUUUUUGGCUUCACUGGCACAGGAAACCCCACAUAACCCUCAAGCUGUGACGCCAAUGCUACGAAGUCUGGGUAAUGUAGUCAGUGGACCUGAUGAGUAUGGUACCCAAGCAAUGCAAAGUGGUGCACUUGUUGCUGCAAUGAUGUCAUACCUCCAGUCAAUGCACAGACACAUAAAGAAGGAGAGUCUUUGGGUGUUGUCCAAUCUGACAGCAGGACCAACAGAACACACUGAUGCCUUGAUUCAAGCUGGAAUAUUGCCGUCUAUCAUGGAUUUGAUGUCAUCAACUUAUGACAUUAAGAAGGAGGCAGCCAUUUGCUUGUGCAACAUAUCCCAUCAUGGGCCAGAUUACCUGAAGAGUGUUUUAGACAGCGGAGCCAUGGAAGCCUUCAUCAACAUCAUCAAAUCUCCUGACCAAGAAUCUGUCAUAACAGGCCUUCAGUUUUUUGAGAUGGCGCUGAGAAACUUUCCAACCUCUAAAGAGUUGUUUGAGGUUGCCGAGGGCGUGGCUUGUCUAGAGGCACUAGAGUACAACUGUAAUGAAACAAUCUGUCGAUAUGCAAAUGAGCUUCUUGAUACGUAUUUCAUGGAGGAAGGACUGGACGAAGAUGACAAUGAUGACGACAAGGACAAUGCUGGAAACGACGUGUCGUCAUGGAGAUAUCAAGACAGUGAAAUGACCGCAUAGUGUACUUUGAUUUUGAUUGCAGAGGUUAACGUAUGGAUAGCUGUUUAAGUCGCUCCCUGUCGGAACAUUGAUUUAGUUCAAACUCAAUCCCAGGCUGUCUCUCCUUUGACUUCCUUGUCAGGUUGGAUGAAGUUUACGUCGGCAGUUUUAUCUCUUACAGACUGUGUUGUGUGGAAAGGAAACAAGAAUACAGUCCAAUGCAGCGAGAUUUUACUUUCUCUUUGGUUGCCGAGCAAGGAAUCAGCGACAUUGUUGUGAAGAUUGCAACCACACACUGCUGUUACCAUGUUCAAAACCAAGUACAUUUUUAACGUUUUCGCUUUUUCUUAUACCUGUCAUUUUUUUUUUCUUUUUUUUUUUUUUUAAUGACAAUAUUUUUUCUGUAACCUGGGAAAACGAAUACCCCUUUACCGAGAGAACUGAGAUUUUAGCCAAAUAAUUUAUGUACCAUUCUCGUCCCUCUAGCCAUUUUCGCUUCUCUUAACUGGCGGGGCCUUGGCACAAGCCCCUCGUUGUUGUGCCAAGACCCCGCCGGCUAGGAGAAGUGAAAAGGGCUAUGGGGACGAGAAUGUAUAUGUACUGGUAGUUUCCUUUUCUCGAGUCGAAUCCAAGCCGUGAUUUUCUCGGGAGAAUGGGACGGAAGACCGCUUACUUGGACUCUUGUGUGAGAAUGCGUCCCUAGUAUAUGACACUUGAUGUAUGUUUUGGAUUUAACGUGCUGUCAUACAAUUGUGAAGACCUUUUUAAAUAAACUGCUUUAGUUGAUUAACUUUAUCUGUUAAAUCGUAAUGAUAGGUUGAAAACCCUUUGGUGGACAAUCCGAUUUUGAAUAGUUUCCUAAUAGAUAAUGCUCUACUCUGUGGAACGUCCAACCUCGCCGCAACGACCACCUUGUGGACAGAAGAAAGUGGCCGGGGGUGGCCGUUAUGAGGAGGUAAGGGUGCACUACGACACCUGUUUUCCUUCAUGUUGCAUAAAUAUUUUGACCUUGACAAAUCGCUUAUUGUGGCAUAUAAUACGUAAUUCAAUCAAAAUAUAUCAAUGAAACGAAACCAGGCAGAAACAAUAAGGUAGAAAAACACUAAUUACAAACAAAACAAAAUGACAGGUAGACGGUUACGACUGGAAAAGAUUGAGGCAGAUGACGCAUGACUGAUGGUGCGUCAUCUCCUGAAGACUCAUGUAAGGUACGGGGGCAGGGGGGGAGAGAGCCUACGCGAAAGUCGUGCUAGUUACCGAUCCCGAAAAGUUGUUGUUGUUGUUGUCGUUGUUGCCUUGUUCACGUUCAAGAUCGACAUGUUAAUAGUUUUGGAAUUCUAACAAUAAAAUAAUAAGGAAACGAAACAAAACAAUGGAUAUCUGGUUUUCUUUUAGGAGACUUUGGACUUUCUGGAGUCGGCAGCAGAAUACCGAUUCCGCUUAUGCAUGACUCCGUCUUAUGAUCUGGUUAAAAAUAAAAUAGAUUGCCGGACAUGUCGGUGUGAUUCAGAACCGCAAGACGGCAGAAGCCGAGG